UUGACACGUCAAGUAACCUAACUUAUUUGUUUAUUGUUUUCGGUUUGUUAUUUGCAUUGUUGAGAAAAGUGGCGAAGUGAUACGAUCGAAAUCAGUUAGAUUUAAGAUUCAGAAUGUACUAUGACUAGCAAGAAACAGGAUUGUACGUGUUUGUUUCCAUUCUUGCCGUGCUGGUACCCCCUAAACCCCGACGAUUUGAUCAAGAAGCGCCGUAGCAAUGACAUCGACAAGCAGAUUGCUAAAGACAAGGAGGAGUUCAACAAGACGCUCCGGUUGCUCUUGUUGGGGGCCGGCGAAUCGGGCAAGUCGACGAUUAUCAAGCAGAUGCAGCUCAUUCACGUUGAUAAAUUCAGUGAUACGGUUAGGAGACAAAGACGGGACGAUAUUAGGAAUAAUCUCGUCGAUGCGAUAGUUAGCAUACUUGGGGCAAUGCCCAAGAUCAGCCCACCAGUCAGAUUAGAUAACGAGAGGCAUGAGGCAAUGGCUGCGUGGGUUCUAGAUAAUGCAACUAAACAGGAUUUUGACUAUCCGAGUCAGUUCUACGAGUUUACCAAGCUUUUGUGGAAGGAUAAAGGAGUCCAGGCCACUUUUGAACGGAGUAAUGAAUAUCAGUUGGUAGACAGCGCCAAGUAUUUUUUAGAAAAGAUUGAUGAAAUUGCAAGAGACGAUUAUAUGCCCACAGAUCAGGAUAUUAUAAGGUGCAGGGUCCUCACUACGGGUAUUUACGAACUUUCCUUCCAAGUUAGAGAAAUUAAUUUUCAGAUCAUAGACGUGGGUGGGCAGAGGGACGAGCGCCGCAAGUGGUUUUUGUGCUUCAACGACGUGACAUCCAUCAUCUUCGUCACAGCUUGUAGUUCCUACAAUUUGGUUUUGCGUGAAGAUCCGUCCAAAAACCGUCUCAAGGAAAGUCUCGAAUUGUUUAAAGUGGUGUGGAACAAUCGGUGGUUGUGUCGCAUUUCCGUCAUAGUAUUUUUAAAUAAGCAGGAUCUCUUCAGGGAAAAAAUCCUUUCAGGUCGAAGUAAGCUCGAGGACUAUUUUCCUGAAUAUAAAGACUUCAAACCGUCGCAAGUGGAACGUGGGGAGCAUCCCGAAGUGAACCGAGCCAAACAGUUUAUAAAAAACGAGUUUGAGAAAAUCAGCAGAUUGAGUAAUCAAUCGUUGCAACACCGGUUUUACCCCCACUUCACCUGUGCGAUAGACACUGAUGACGUCAAAAGAGUCUUUGAUGUGUGUCAAACGGUCUUUGACGACUGCCGCAAAAACAUUCAAAUCAAGCAUCUCAUCGAACAUGAUUUAAUGUAACUGUGGUACUUACAAGCAUUUGUUAUUUGUUCUCCACUUUAUUAUUUAUGUUUUAAAGCAAAUAACUAUAUAGUCUGAUCAGUUUCUGAUUCAGUAUUUGAAUGUGAUACUUGUUGAAACGAAUUUUUUGUUAGAAAUGCUUCCUUUGUUCUCAUACUGUUAUUCGUGCCUUCACACGAACUAAAAUCUGGACAAAAUUCUUUGUGCCUUAAUUUAGUUUUUAUUGUUUUCUCUUGUGAAGAUCUGACCAAUCUUCAUUGCCCGGUAGUUGAGUAUCUCACGCUAAUAAAUAAGUCAAUAAAUUAACUGCUGCUAAACGCA